UCCAGAGACUGAAAGGGGCAUCGUGCACCCAGGCCCUGUCUGUCUGUCUGUCUGUCUUUCUAUCUUGCAUUCCGAUUCAAGAGCCUGGAGGCAGCCAGGAGCUUUAGCUAUGGCUGCCUUUAUUCUUUUGUCCCUGUGGAGCGUUCUGGUGAUGGGCAUGGGUGCUGGUGCUGGGAGUGAGGAAGGAACUGGGAAGGAGUGUCAUCCCGGCCUGCCUCCCCGCUGCCCCUCCGGAUCUCCCAGUGCCCAGCCCUGGACACACCCUGGCCAGAGCCAGCUGUUUGCAGACCUGAGCCGAGAAGAGCUGACGGCUGUGAUGAGCUUUCUGACCCAGAAGCUGGGACCAGGCCUGGUGGAUGCAGCUCAGGCCCAACCCUCAGACAACUGCGUCUUCUCAGUGGAGCUGGAGCUGCCCCCCAAGGCUGCAGCCCUGGCCCACCUGGACAGGGGGAGCCCCCCGCCUGCCCGGGAGGCACCGGCCAUCGUCUUCUUUGGCGGACAACCCCAGCCCAAUGUGACUGAGCUGCUGGUAGGGCCGCUGCCCUCCUCAGAGGGGGAAGGACUGGAGAACUGGGUCUGGGCUGAGGACAUGGCUUUUGUCCCUACGGCGGUACCCUGGAGCCCCAAGCACCAGAUACAGAGGCUGCAGGUGACCCGGAAGCUGCCGGAGAUGGAGGAGCAGCAAUCACAGCAACAAGUGGGGGCACCCAAGGGACCACUGCAUCCAGACAGUCAGCUUUGCUGGGGAGCUCCUGCCCCAGAACAGCUCCAUGGAGAGAGCCUUGAGCUGGGCAAGCUUCAGGCAGCAGGAUGGCCCGAUGACCUUGUGGGUCUAGUCCAAAUCCCCUGCAGGUACCAGCUGGCUGUGACCCGGUGGAAGGAGGAGGAGCCCAGAAGCAUCAGCAUCUAUAAUUUGAAGGACCCCUGGACCCCCACCCUGGACUUCACUGACUUCCUCAACAACGAGACCAUUGCUGGGCAGGACUUGGUGGCCUGGGUGAAAACCGGUUUCCUGCACAUCCCCCAUGCAGAGGACAUUCCCAACACAGUGACUGUGGGGAACUGCAUGGGCUUCUUCCUCCGACCCUACAACUUCUUUGACCAGGACCCCUUCAUCGAUUCUGCUGACUCCAUCUACUUCCGGGAGGACCAGGGUGCUGGGGCCUGUGAGGUCAACCCCCUGGCUUGCCUCCCCCAGGCUGCGGCCUGUGCCCCCCACCUCCCUGCCUUCUCCCACGCGGGCUUCUCCCACAACUAGAUGGAUGGGGAAUGUGGCUGGGACCCCAGGGCCAGGGAGUGUGGGGAGGGGAGGGGAUGGGAAUUGGAUGGGGCAGUCCUCUCUCUCGCACCAUCCUCCCUUCCCUCCCCCUCCCUGCUGGGAGCAUCCUGAGUCUGUGAUGCCUGAUACAGGGGGUUCUUAGCUUUGUUGACCUCAAACCUCCUGGGUUCCUGUCGCAGAGUAGAGAGGAAUGGCCAGCCGGGAGCCUAAAGUGAUGGCCAUACUUUUCCCAGAAGACUCCUGUUUUUUUUAACAGUUUUUUAAUCUUAUUUUUUAAAUGAGAUGUAAUUCAUAUACCAUAAAAUUCACCCUUUUAACAUGUACAGUCUAAUUCCAGAACGAUUUCAUCACCCCGGAAAGAAACUCCAAAAUCUGUUAGCAGUCACUUCCUAUUUCCCUCCAACCCAUUCCCAAUUCUAGGCAACCACUAACCUUUCUGUCACUACAGAUUUGCCUAGAUUCUGGAAGUUUCAUAUAAAUAUAUUCAUACAAUAAGUGGUC